GCGUGUCUCCGUGCCGUGAAGGAUAAAAUGCGCGGGGCACCUUGCAGAGACCUGGGUACCGCUCCAUGUCUUUGGGGGUGGUGAGCUCCAUCCAAGGACGUUGUGGUGAUUUCAGCAAGAAAGGAGCCAGGUCACUCACAGCAGUAGGGAGCCGUGAUAAAAUAAUACUAAUAAUAAAAUGCCUGCUCAAAAUAAAGAUGAUGGAGGGUGGAAGAAGUUUUUGUGGAAUUCCGACACCAGGGAGUUUCUCGGACGCACCGGUGGUAGUUGGGCAAAGAUCCUGCUGUUCUAUGUCAUCUUUUAUGGCUGCUUGGCUGGAAUCUUCAUUGGCACUAUCCAGGCACUACUUCUCACCCUGAGUAACUACAAACCCACCUGGCAGGACAGAAUUACUCCUCCAGGACUUUCUCACUGCCCUCGGUCAGACAAGGCAGAGAUUAUGUUCACUGUGAAUGAUCCAACUACAUUUAUGUCAUCCGUAAAGUCUAUGAAAGACUUCCUGAAGGCUUACAGUGAUGAAAUCCAGCGUGACCAACUGAAGUUUGAGGACUGUGGAGAUCAACCAGAUGGCUAUAAGAACCGGGGAGAUCUGGAAAGUGAAAUAGGUAUCAGGAAGGCUUGCCGAUUCGCAAAGCGUAAUCUUGGGCCUUGCUCAGGCGAUGAAGAUCAAAAUUUUGGCUUCAGCGAGGGAAAACCCUGUCUGAUUGUCAAACUCAAUAGGAUUGUGAAUUUUAGACCAAAACCUCUACAGUCCAAUGAGAGUAUCCCAGAGGAGGUCAAGUCCAAAGUCCAACCUAAUUUGAUACCUAUCCACUGCACAAGUAAGAAAAAAGAAGACGAAUAUUUGCUUGGGCAAGUGGAAUACUAUGGCAUUGGAGGAGGCUUCCCUCUCCAGUAUUAUCCUUACUACGGCAAGCUCCUACACCCUCACUACCUACAGCCUUUGGUGGCCAUUAAGUUCUCAAACAUGACCAUUAACCAAGAGAUACGUGUCGAGUGCAAAGUGUAUGGUGAGAACAUACUGUACAGUGACAAGGAUCGCUACCAGGGGCGUUUUGAAAUUAAAAUAAAGGUAAACAGUUAUUGACCUCCAUUAUGAGCACAGCACCAUUCAUCUCUCCCAGUAAGGCAAAGUAAGAACCAUCAUUUAACUUGAGAUAUGCAGACAAAGAAACAAUUUCCCUGCUGGUCUUCCACAGUCUCACUGAGAGACAGUGUUCAAUAUACAAAUGUCUCCUGUCAGAAAGUGCCCUAGGAUACUUUAGCAGAGGCUUCAAAAGUUCUAAAAAUUAGUCUGAACCAUAAUAUGGGACCCAAUGUUAUCUGCUUCAAUGCAAGAUUUCCUGCUUCUGAAUAGAGUUAGAGUGCAAACGCUUGAAGGACUAGCCAUAGCAUAUUAGACUAUUCAAAUAACAGUCUAUUCUAAAACUAGACCAUUCCAAAAAAAAGGCAAUGAUCUGAGGGACAUUUAGUCCACCCUGAAUGUAGUCAACAUGGUUUAUCCCUCUAUUCUUAUAUUGCCACCUUGUGUGGUUUUCUUCCAUUAUAACAGUGCAUGAUAUUUGCAUCAGUAGGUUGUUUCAAACCAAGCCAAAUCUGAUCUAGCUUUGUUAACUGUGCAAUUACAAAUUUGUUAUUAUUCACUGGCACAUACAGUAAAUGCUGUACUGUUUGCUUUUGCUAUUUUAGAGGUUUUAAUAAAUACACUUUAAGUUUCUAUUUUCUUUGAAAUUACAGUGGAUAGAAAUAAUGAUUUUUUUUCCAUCAGUGAAUGUAUGUAAAUAUUGCCUUUAAAUGUAAUACUCUUUUAUCUGUGUUGGAAGUACCGAGGAUAAUUUUCUUUCUUCCUGAUGUGAUGCAUCAAUCAAAAACAAGGUCUUAGGAGUGUGUGUAAGGAGAUGCAGUUCUGUAUUUGCUUAUUAUUAUUAUUAUUAUUAUUAUUAUUAUUAUUAUUAUUAUUAUUUUUGCAAGAGAUGUGUGUAAUAAUACCAAAAUCAUUAUUAAGACCAUAUAAAAAAAUUAUAAUCAUUGCAAUGAUCCAUCUGUAAAAUGUUUUGUAGAUGUGUGCAGUCAAUGUCUACCAUCAAACAUCUGUCACUCCCUUUAAUUCUUAUGCUGAAAUUUCCCAAAAGCACAGCAAAAAGAUCAUUUUAGAUUGUAGAGAAAGUUUCUCUAAAAGUUGAGAUGAUGUGUACCUUGCUUUGGGGGAAAAGCAAAUUCCCUGGAUGGAAUUAACCAAGAAAAAAUAAAAGAAGAAACAAACAA